AUGGACAACCCAGGUUACCAGGAGCUCAAAAGGCGGCGACAAUCUGUUCAAGCCGAACGACUACAGCACGACCGUGUGAGAAACGAGCUCGCCGACGAAAGAAGACACCAGUACAUAAAGGAUAAGACUGAGAAUAUUCGAGUUUUGGAAGCCAGAGCCGCAGCCGCAAAGAAGAGAGCAGUCGAGGAUGAAAAGCGAAAAAUGGAAGAUCUCAGACGGCGGCACGAUUCUCAGCUGGAGGAGAUGCACGAGAAGCACAAGGAAGAUUGGAAGGAGCGAGAAAUGGAACGACAAAAAGCCAUGAAGGUUCACAAGACUAUAAUCGCCAAUGAGAUGGAAGAGCUUGAGAGAUUGUGGGCUGACGUUGAGAAAUGUAUGGAAGAGGAGAUCUUGCAGGAGGAGGAUGACUCGAUCAGAGCCAGGGCCAUUGAAGAUGAGGAGUUUAAGCAGAAAAUGUUAGAGCUUCUGGAUUCGGAUUCUGGUGUUGCAGGCACUGGCAGCAUGUCGAACUCCUUGUCCACGAUCACCAAGAGACCAGCCGCACCAUCGUUUCUAGGUCAGGGAGAAGAAAAGCGACGGCACGGUACUCCUGCAGGCGCCUCUUCUGUCUCUGAACCCAACAACUCGACGACCAGUCAAGUCCCUGUCAGGCGCCCAAGUAUUGCGUUAGCCUCGCAAGGCCCAGAUCUGAAGAAGCUCUACGAAGUCUCACGAUUCCAUUUGGGUCCAAAAUUCGAUAAUUCGGCAGAGUUCUCGGAGACAAUAAGCAAAUCACUUUACCUACAAGUUGUACAGGCGACAUACCGACCGGUCUUCUUGAGGAAGGGUGCACAAGACGUCGAAGACGCCGCAGACUGGUCUUUUGAUGGGAAAGACAGGGUCAAGAUCGAUUAUCACAGAGCUCAUUGCAUAGCUUGCAUCCGUCUAGACUCAGAUCGAUUAUGGCCUCUAUGGAUGCGUUUCAAGAACAGUGACAUUCUGGAUGACUUUCUGGAAGGGUUCAGACUGAGAUACCCGCUGGUCAGCGUCUACCCUUUCGCAAGCCGCAAGGCGCUUGGCCUGCAUCUUCUUGUAAGGGAGCCGAAGCUGUUUUGUUUUCUUCACGGCAGUCAAUCCUCUCGACCUCGUAUCUAUCAUCGCACGACGUUCCCAGCGGUACCGGUGACCUACCCGCAGGGAGCAAUGGACCAAUAUCGCAGUGUACUGGACCAAGAAAUCAAAGCUUUGCUGCUGAGGCGGAAUGAGGAGGACAGUAUCCGCAACGAGGAAGCGUGGAGAAAGAGAGCCGCCUUCAAAACGGAGAUAGACGACCAAUUCAAAACGGAGGAGGAUCGCGCCGAUGCAAGGCUCCAACAGUUGAUCACUGUGGAAGAUGAUAGAUUGAAGCUUUUGAAAGCGAAUCAGAAGAAGGAGAUGGAGAGGUUGACGGAGAGGCACACGAAGGGGCUUGCGGAUGCGGAAAAGGAACGCUCUCGAGCUCUCAAAGCAUAUUCGACAAAGGGGAUGGAUUGUUUAAGGAAUCUUAUAGCGGCAUGGGAUCAAGAGCAGGCCCAGCUAGAGGCGGAUAUCGAGAAGGAAGAAGCAGAUAUACAGCAAGCCAGAAAUAUUGAGGAUUGGGAGAACAAGGAAAAAUGGUUCAACGUUAUCAUGAGUCAAACUAGCCUUGUCCUGGCAAGCGGUACAUAUUCUUUACCCGUUACCUCCCCCCAGAGCCCGGCGACUGCUAGUACCCCCUAUAGGCAAAUCCCCAAAUCAUCUCCGAAACAUACGAGUACGACAAGAUCCGCGGCUAACUUCAUUGCUCCUGAGGAGAUAGAACAAGACCCAGGAAAAACGGUGUUUCAUCCCUCCGAUUUAAAUAUCAUGACACCGCCUAGGGAGCCGAUGGAUGGGUUUGCCGCAGCUAAUGAUAACGACAUCCUUUCUCGUGGAGAGAAAAGACGAUUUUCGGAUCUACAGAGCCUGCACCGCUUCUCCGAUUCUGACACAGUGGGUCUUGCGGCGAUGGACAUAUCGGAAGAGAGUUCCCUGAAGAAAGCAAAAACGGCUGCUCCCAAGCCGGUGCUCAAACUCGACCCGAGAUACUGCUUUGAGGUUACCCAUCUUUUUUACAAGAGAAGAGGUGCUCCAGCUGAAGAAGCUCUCGAGCUUGUGAGCGAGACCGAUAAGAAGCUUUUUCUCUCUUUUGGGUACACAAUGGUCGGGCCGGUCUUCCAGAGGAGAGGAGAUGCGAAGCAUUUUGAAAGCACGGCCAGCUGGUUUAUCGAGAGGGACUAUGUGCGGGAGAUUCACUGCUACGACCCAAAGCAUCCUCAGCAUCAACUCGUACGGUUCCAGAUGGAUAACUUCUCUGUGUGGAUCAAGUUCAUGAGCCUGGACGUCCUGAAUGAUUUCCUGGAUACUUUGCAGAGCAAGUGGCCGGGAAAGCAUGAGGACAUUGUUUAUUUCUCUGAGUAUGUAGCGAUUGUGGUUAUGAAUCUUCUUCCUCUUCUUUUCUCCUUCCGCCGGUGA